ACCCACACACACAACACACAAUACAAUUCAUUUUUUUUUUAGAUUCCCAAACCUAUCUCUCACUCACUCCUCUCUCCAAACCCUAGCCCUACAUCCUUUGAUCGGCGGCGACUACGAGCAGCAGCGGCCUGCAGCGGCGGUGAGCGACUGAGGUCUCCAAGAUACAAAACACAAUAUGUUCAAAUAAAUUGUGCCAUUUAUGUUUCUAAACGUAAUCUGAAGAAUAUGAGCAAUUCGAUAGGCCAUAACUUGAUUCACCAUAAUUUGCUUGCUCUUGUGGUGCUAGAGCAUCAAAGUAAGAUCAAUUCCUCUUGCAUUUCUGGUUACAAUUUGUUUCAAGUUCAGGCAAAUUCACAGAUUCGAAAGUCGCAUAUCACUUCCAAAUUCUGGGGAAAAUGUCUGAAUUUUCGAAAAACGAAGUUGCCAAUGGGAACAAAUCGAGUGAUUUCUGUUUUUCCUCAGUCUGUGUUAGCCACCGAUCCAACUUCUAAGGCUUCAAGGAAAUCCAAUAUGCUUGAAUACCAACUUGGUCCUGUUCUGUGGACCUCAGAAUGAAAAUGAAACUGUCAGUCAUACCCCAAGCGCAACAAACUCUAAUGAUAAUUGUCUGGUGCAAUCAUGCCCUUAUGAAUAUGCCCCAAACUCACCAUGCUUCUGUGCUAUGCCUCUGAUCGUUGGAUAUUGGUUGAAAAGUCCUGGAUUCAGAUAUUUUGAGCCGUACUGGGUUCCAUUUGAGAUGUA